UAUUUGCAUCCUCCCUUUGGGGGACUGAUAGAAGGCAGUCAUUUCACUCAGAUUUAAUUUGAUGUGCUUUUCAAAUGGCAGCCAAAAAGAAAGAAGUGAGCCUCCAGACAUCCAUCACAAUCCAAGAGCAAUGGGAUGAAAUGCUUGCGACAAAAGGUUUAACAGUGAUCGAUGUGUACCAGCAGUGGUGUGGUCCCUGCAAAGCCGUGGUCAGCCUCCUGCGGAAGAUCAAGAACGAGCUGGGCGAAGACCUGCUGCAUUUUGCCACAGCCGAGGCAGACAGUAUGGAGGCUCUGGAGAAGUACCGGGGGCGUUGUGAGCCCACCUUCCUGUUCUUCGGGGGGGGCCAGCUGGUGGGGGUCCUACGGGGAGCCAAUGCGCCCCUGCUGCAGAGGAGGGUGCUGGAGGAGCUGGCCAAGGAGAAACUGGUGAUGGAGCAAGGAGGGGCGAGGAGGACGGUAGAAGAUGACGGUCUGGUGGAGGAGGAGGAGGAGGAGGAGGAGGAGGAGGAGGAGGAAGAACACGGGGACGGCAUCAAGCUUCUCCAUGAUGAAAGCAUGCUCGUCCCUCCCAGCGAGGGCUUCACCCUGGCCAUCCUCAAACCAGAUGCAUUAGCUACCGGCAAUGCAGAGGAGAUCAUUACGAAGAUCCGAGACGCUGGCUUCCAGAUCCUGGCCCAGGAGGAGCGAGCGCUGGGCGAGCAGGUGGUGCAGGAGCUAUACCGCCCCCAGGAGGCAGAGGUGUGUCCAUACUUCGAGGAGUUGGUGCGGUUCAUGUCCAGUGGCCCCUCCCACAUCCUGGUGCUGUCUCGGGCGGGACCGGGGCCAGCCAACGUGGUCCAGGCCUGGCUGGACUUCAUGGGGCCCACUGACGUAGAGGAAGCCAAAAGGGAAAAACCACACAGCUUGGGGGCGUGGUACGGCACGCGGACGCCGCUCAACGCUGUGCACGGCAGCACGGACCGCCUCCAGGCCGGCAGGGAGCUGGCCCUCCUCCUCCCCCACUUCAGCCUGGCCGGGGCGGGGCAGAAAGGGCAGGAAGGGCGCGGGGAGCGGACGCUGGCACUGCUCCGCCCCGCCGCUGCCAGGGACCGCAGAGAAGAGCUCCUGUCCCGGGUCGGUGCUGCAGGCUUCAGGGUGGCCCUGCGGAGGGAGCUGACCAUGACAGAGGACCAGGUGAGACUGUUCUACCGUCACCAUGCCGACGAGGAGCCCUACCCCGCCCUGCAGAUCAGCAUGACCAGCGGGCCGGCCCUUGCCCUGGUCCUAGUCCGAGACCACGCCAUCCAGACCUGGAGGGCCCUCCUGGGACCGGCGGACCUCACCCAGGCCAGGAAGGAGGACCCAAACUGCCUCAGAGCGCUGUUCGCUGUGGAGACGGAGCCGCUGAACCAGCUGCACGGCAGUGCCAGCGCAGACGAGGCCCAAAGGGAGAUCGACCUGCUGUUCCCCGUCCAGCGCACACUGGCCCUCAUCACGCCGGGCGCCCUGCAGCAGCACAGAGAGGAGAUCCUGGAGGAUGUCAGGGCCGCAGGGUUCUCUGUGGUCCGGGAGAAGGAGGCGGUCCUGAGCAGGGAGGAGGCAGAGGACUGGUACAAGGAGCAGCGGGGCCAGCCGGCCUUCACCCCGCUCCUGGAGGUCCUGUGUGGGGGCCCCUGUCUGCUGCUGGUGCUCACCAAGGAGAAUGCCGUGGAGGAGUGGAUGGCCCUGAUGGGCCCUUUGGACCCGGUGGAGGCCAGGGAGUCGGCCCCCGGCUCCCUGAGGGCCCGCUUCUCCUCUGACCUCAUCCACACCGCCGUGCAUGGCUCCUCCAGCGAGCAGCACGCCGAAGAGCACAUCCUCCGCCUGUUGGGAGACCUCUCCUCAGACCCGGGGCUCUCUGGACCUGCUGACCCCCCAGAAGAAGCAGAGGAGCCGGUAACAGAGGCAGAGGGGAGUGUCUCGGGGUCAGGUGCUGAGGUCCCCCCCUCAGGGGCCCCUGAUCAGCAGUGUGCCGAGGGCCACCCUUCAGGGACCCCUGAUCAGCAGUGUGCCAAGGGCCCCCCUUCAGGGGCCCCUGAUCAGCAGGGUGCCAAGGGCCCCCCCUCAGGGGCCCCUGAUCAGCAGUGUGCCGAGGGCUACCCUUCAGGGGCCCCUGAUCAGCAUGGGGCUAAGGGGGGGCAUGUCCCGGGGUCUGGCCCCCCCCCAGGGCCCCCUAACCAGCAGGGGGCUGAGGGCCCUGCCCAGCAGGAGACAGGUGAACAGGUUUUAUUGUCUGUAGGGUUCAAUAUAUCCUGCUGAACUACAGCUCAUCUUAAAGCAGUAUCUCACCUAUUCUGGAAAUUUGGCUUAAAAUGGGUUGCUGCAGAAGACAGUUCAAAAUGUGUAUCCCUUUAUGUAGUUUGUAAGAUUGAGGACCAAUAUAAAUGCAUAUCAUAUAAUACUGAUUGGAGAAACAUUGCUGUAAGACACAACAUAUAAAUUUGAAUAGAUGAGAUAAAGCGAAAAGGCUCCAACUCCUGUCCUCUCCAGGUGAUGAGCCAGGGGUCCAUGAAGCCCAGCAGCAGAACCAGGAGCAGUGUUUUAACAGCUGAGGCAGGUGGCUCAGGAAGUAGAGCGGGUUAGCUGGUAACCAGAAGGUUGCUAGUUUGAUCCCCGGCUCCUCCUCACUGAGUGCGGAGGUGUCCCUGAGCGGGACACCUCACCCUGAUUACGAGCUGGCUGUCCUGUCGCCCUGUGUGAGCCAAUAUUGUAAAGCGCUUUGAGUGGCCACUGGUUAGAAAAGCGCUAUAGAAAUGCUGUCCAUUCACCAUUAACACUAGAACAGCCGUCGAAGGGGUCAAAUGACCCCUGUGAGUUUAAAAAAUAUAUAUCUUUGCACUCGAUCACGUUCCAAAUCCCUACUUUCUUGACUUUUCCUAAAUAUGUCUGUUGUACCACCCUGUGUUCAUAAAAAAAAAAUUCAGACCGG